GUUACUACAGUAGGUUGCUGAGAUGGUCCUUGGAGGGUUCGAUUUGUUGCGCAGCUGGCGCAAAUCCCCUGAGAUGGAUGAGGCGGGUGCAACGACCGGAGCUACGGCCGAACCAGAGAUGCCUGAAGGACUGGAACCAAUGGUGAGACCUUCCACACCGGUGGGUUCAAUUAGCACCGAUGCGCGUGUGGGACUCUGGUGGUACAUCCAUGAUUCCAAAAUUCUGCUUUUCCAGCUUCCUGGACCGCACUGGCCUCCAUGUGGUGCUUUGCAGCUGCCGGAGUUCUCCACGUUAUCGGCCAACUGUGUGGCUCCGCUGACCACCGUGGUGCAGCAGGGGAGCAACACCCUCCGCCACCCGACCGUGGCGGCGGUGUAUGACGACUUUCAGCUGUCUGUGUUUCCACACGGCCGGAGAGUGGACCUGAAGCCACUGGGCGCCAACUGGCCGAGCGGCGAGGUGCCAAUCCUGGUCCGCACCGCUGCACCGCAUCCAAGUGCUGUUGGUGUGGUCCUGCUCGUGGUGACGCAGUCGGGACGGCUUCUGUCCAUUUUUCUAUCGCAGACUUCUGGCAGUUUCGAGGCGGAAGCCAGCAGACUGUGGCCGAUGGUCUCGGAGCAUUGCCUCAAGAACUUCUUCAAAAGAAUACGAAGGUAUGGCUUCGGAGAUGUCUCUCAGGAUCGGCAAUCCCUUGAGGAUGCACAGUUCCUGGCACAUCACAUCGAGAUCCUUCCUGCUCCCCGGCGCGGCACUCUCUUUGAAGUCUUGGCGUGGGGUGAGGAGCAUUUGGCCCUUUACUCCCAUCCCCGUAGCGUUGCAUCUGCAGACUUGAUGUGGGUGUGUUCACUCGCUCAGCUUGUCACUGGAGACGUGAUGCCCGGCCGCUUGCUGUCCGCGUGUUGUUGCUGGGACUGUGAAGCCUCCCGCACUGAGUCCCUGCUGCUGCUUUUCUCAUGCGAGGACCCAAGCACGAGGCGUCAGUCAGCAAUGCUCACAAGGCUUGCGCUUCCAUCAAGGGCAGCGUCACCCUUGGAGCCCAGUACAGCCGUUGCCGUGGGUCCAAACCCAGUGCUUCCACGUGGCUUGAUGACCGCCUGUGGCGACACGGCGGUCACAGCCGUGCAGGUGGACAAUGAGCGCUUCUGCAUCUGCAUGGUGAACAUGCCCCCUCGUCCGGCUGGGCUGGAAGCUGGUGUUCAGCAAAUCGUGGAGUUUGGCAUUGUAGGACUUUCACUCCUUCCAGAAGGUGUGAGUGUUGGUCACAUCCAAGUUCUUACACCCCAUGGCCUGCUGAGUUGUCCUCAGGACAUGUUUGGAGGAGACAAGGAGCUGAAACAGGGAAAGAAUCCGUCGACGGCGGACGCCUUCGUUCAGGUCGCAUCGGAGUUCUUCGAUGCUGGGCAAGAGGACCAGGCCUCGUCGCUGUGCGGCCGAGCAUUUUCGCAACUGGGAGCUCAAGCGAUGUUGGGCGCAGUGGAGAGACGGACGCAACAUUUGCUGGACUCUGGAGGUGAAUCUUCGCUCUCAGAGAAGGCCAAGGCUUUGGAAGAUUGGCUUCGCUUCCUCCAUAAGGCUGGUGUGUGGAUUCGCAUGGGAAAUGCUCCAAACAUCACUGCAGCGCAGCAGAAGGUGGUUGAGGCAUGCGAACGUGUUGCAGCACUGCAACAGAUGCGAGAAUAUCACGACUUGGAGCCAGACGUUUUUGCCAGUUCCAUCCAUCAUGCCUUGGAUGGACAAGGCAGCGGCAAGUCUGAUGAGGAAAUACAGGAGUUUUACAGCCGUCCAAGCGAAUGCGAGCGUCUACUUCCAAGCCUAGCACAAUAUCCACGCACUUUGCCUUUUGGUUCCGGCGGUGCUUGGGAUGCGGUGGUGUUUGUGCACGGCGUGGUUUGUGGCUUCCUGGACGCUGCACUGGAACGCAGAGGUCAUGUCUUGAAGACGCAUCCCACAUCUUUGCCACCACCCGAGUCUCAUCAAUUGCAAAGGUAUUGGCCCAAGUCUGUGGAGCCCGUGACAGGAGUGGGCAGUGGUUGGCUCAUGUCCUCGUCUAUCCAAAGGGCGUUGGAGGACAUUCGGACACUUAGUCUGGACGUCCUUCCCGUUCCAAAGCAACGGCUGCCUUUGUUGGACGCGCAGGCCUUGCGCGUCAUCGAAGGUCUUCAGCAGUUGUGCCGAAGCAGUCUGCGGGCAGCGCACGCCAGUUUCGUUGACCUCCACGCCAAUCCAAUGGCAAAGUUUAGAGAGGCUGUUUUGAAAGACAUGGCAUAUGCGGAGGCAUCUUUGCACGAGAACGCAAAGAUUCUGAAGCACCGCACAUUGGCCCUGUCUGAAGAGUUCGAAGAUGUGGAGGUCUUCGUUCGACUCUCUGCGCUGAUUGAUUUGCCACGCUUGGACAGCAUGAUGCUGAGAUCGGAGGCAUUUCGAAGGCGAGUCUUUGAACAAUGUUUAGCGGAAGAACAACUUCAUCCUUUGUUCUUCCGAAUGGUUCGGUGCUUCCCACCAACCAAGUCUUUGUUGGAGGAGCUGCUCCAGCCAUACCCCGAGUUGCGCUGGACUUUGGAGCUGAACGCCUUGACGGAGGUCUUCAACACUGGACAAUGGCCAGCAGCUUUGCACACGGUUAAAGAGAUUGCCAUCAAAGCUAUGGAGAGGGCAGACACGACCAAAGAUCAGAAUCGCGCCAAGUCACUGAAAGCUUUGGCAGCGAUCGCUACAGCAGCUCAGGACCGUGUCCUCAGAUGUCCAAGCUGAGCUAGCGUGGAAAAGGAG